AUGAGAAGAUACAUGCUCUGUCCCCCCGGCGUCCCUGAAGAAACUGUCAACUGGCUGGAGCAACUCGAAACGUGGUCGCAAAGGACACAUCGUAAACUUGAAUGGGAUAUCAAUAAGUCUGGCGAUAUGUAUACCGCAAGUGUGAAGAUCGAUGGAACACCUGUUCCUCUGGUUGGUACAGGAAGUAGUCCUCGCAACGCUCGGGUUAAAUUGGUAAUGAUGAUCGAUAAAUCGGAACAUGCAUACCUGGUAGGCAAACAAAUCGUCUUGGCAUAUGACCAUAACCAAUAA